UCGGUUCGCACUUGGUCCUCGGAGGAGGGGGUUGUUGCCGGGGACGAGAACAAUGCCUAGAUGGUUCCCACUUCAAUUCAAUCUCUCCCCCAGUGACCAAUGGUAAGCUGCGGGACCCUUUGACAGUACUCAGCCAAUCACCCCAAUCCCAAAGGUACUGACGCGAUUGUGGUAUCACGUGACUCAGCAAGACCCAGUCCGAGGACCCGACGACUUGCGGAUUGCUUCCAUCAAUUGGCCAGUCAAUUCAAGGAAGCCGGAAUUCAACGUCUCCCGCAGACACCGACGACUGCAAGCUGUAUCUCUCAACAGCCUUGCGCUCUCGCGAUACAUCCAUACCGACGAACAACGACGCCUAGCCGCACGGCCAACCGCUACCAUGCCCGUCCCUUUCGAGACUCUGAUUCCCUACGGAAUCAUGAUUGCUAUGUUUGGUAUCACUGGUACCGGACUGCACGUCAUCAAGGGCAUCCAGAACGGUGGAAAGAAGCCCCGUUGGGGCUUGGAUCAGUGGGAUAGGGUGAUGAUGGACCGGGAUCGCAGACUCACAGGCGAUCUGCGUGGACAGGUCGCCAACCACGAAGCGCCUUCAGGCUUCGAAUUGAACCACCCUUGGAGAUUGGAGAAGCGCAUGUCAUAGAGGAUGGCGGGAAACAAAAAAAAAAUGUAUGCUACUUUGUCUGGAAACCAUGGGGUUUUCACUAUUCAUCGUCCACUUCAGCCACCCAAUGAAACUUUUAUU